AUAUAAUCAAAGAAUAAUCACUUAUUUAUAUUCCAAAGAAAUAUUACAUCAUUAUAUGAAAAGCGGCAACGUGCAUAGCUCACAGCUAAAAAUACGAUACCAGACAUGAUAUAUUAUGGCAAGUGAUGUGAUUGUCAAGGUCAUCCCUGUGACAGAUUUGAUUUUAUUCGUCAGUUUCAUUUUUUUUACGAAGUUUCGAAAGUUCGAAAAAAAAAUUUGUUUUCAAGAUUACAUAGUAAAGGUCUAUCUAUCUGAAUUUGACAGUCCCUUCUUAAACAAUGUAUAAAGAAAUUAGAUGAAAAAAAAGAACAUAAUUAAAGCACAAUGUCGACUUUCGACCUGGCCCAUUAUUCAAACCGGUUUACCUCGGUUAAUGUUGAAAACAAGAAAAAAGGGUCAUCAUGCAGUUUCUUCCGUCUGCUUCGUGGUAUCACGACUGAUGCUCCGGCCGGAUCCGAUUAAUUUUAACGUUCUAUGGUGCGCACGUGUGCUACCUUACUGUGGCAUAAAAUCUCGGCAAAGUCGAACGACCUCAGUUUGGCUUUGACGUCUUGUCUGGUUUUGUUUUUGCGGCCUCUUCUACGCGGCGAAACUUUUUCCUCGUGAACAGUCGAUCGAUAGCUCCCGCGGUAGCUACCACGAUUUCCUCUCCCACGAUUGGUAGACAAUUCAAACUGUUCUAACUUGCAAUAAAUUUUGUUAAAUGUGUGUAAACUUAGUACUUUAUUUUAACUUAAGUCAGUAAGUCACUUGCAAAGACCUCGUGACAGAUAAUGACUUUGAAAAAAGUGACUGUUAUUUUAAUCAUCUUCGUUUGGGCCACUGAUUCCCUGGCAGUUUAUUAUCCUCGUUCAAGGCGAUCAAGUAAUGAAUAUAUAUUGCACAGAUGUACAGCCACUGCGGAAUUAAUUAGAAAGCAUAGGAAUGAGGAUGUUGGAGCCAGUUUACGCAGAGCCGAAGGAAAUUUGACACAAUCGCAAAUGCAACAAAAAGAUUCUCUGAUUGACGCUAUUCAAUCUGAAACUUCCAAGCAAAUUUCGAACGGUGUUUUUCGACGUAUGACUCAUAUGAGAAGACGCGGUAGUGGGCACGCACGUCGAAUCGCAAGCAAACAUUUAGCAGAUACACCUCUUAAAACCGUAAAUAUCAACGUACCACAAGACAGACCAUCAGCUUUUAAGAAGAAAAAUCCAUUACCGGAACUCUCGCGCAAUAUAUCGGGCAGAAACAUCGAUUCGUCGUCACAUGUAAUAAUUAUCAAAUCUCUCACUUAAUAUUUUUCCAAUGACAUUCAGUUUAUAUUGCCGCAGAUUUUAAUUUUAUUGCAAAUUAGUAUAACUGCGUAAUACAUAAUUACUUGUAAUAAUACUAAAGAAAAGCAUAUCAUUUUUUUUUUUUUGGAACA